GCCGCGGGCCGUCACGGAGAAAGGAAGGAUUUGCGCGCUGCUCCGUCCUUGCCUCUGCCACGAGUGUUUCACAGGUGGAUAUAGAAAGAAAUAUAUGAAUAAUAAAUAGCGAAAAUUAAGAGAAAAUUAACAAAACAAAAUAAAGAAAAGUAAGAAAAGUGAGUUGAAUCAAGGCAAAAAAGACAAAAAAAAGACUAACAACAGAAGCAGAAGCCUUUGAUAAAAAAAUGUUAUAGAUAAAAAAAGAAAGAUAGUUACGAGAAGGGAAAAGAAGAUAAACCAAACAAACUCUAACAAAAGUGUCAUUAAAAACAGGAAAUACACAUGCAAUCAAAACAGAAAAAAACAGUGAGACAAAGAAAAGCAAAAACAAAAACAAAACAAAAAACAAACCGCUGAUAAACUCCAAACCAAAAGUGGAAAAGAGAUAAACAAAAAUAAAGACAGAAAAACAAAAAGUGAAAAAAAUACAUAAAACAAAGACACAGGAACCAAGAAAAAGAAAAACAAAUCACACAAGUUAAAAAAAGAGAAAGGUAAAGAAAAAACAAUAAGUGAAAAAUAAAAAAAAAGGAAAAAAAGAAAAAAAAACAAUUACACAACAGCGCUAUCAGGCACAAAUUCUUCCCUUAAUUAAUUACCAACCCAUUAGCGUAACCUAAUUGGCCUUCUCCCCGAGCACGUGACCCGGCCAAUAGGACCAGGACGAUGCCAGCCCCUCAGCCCCAGCCCUUCCUCCAGGCCUCCUCCUCCACCCCUGCCUCAGCAUCUAUCAACACCAGCAGCCUCCCAGCAUCACGGAAGACCCCUUUAACAAACCCCCUCAACACGUGAACGCCACGCGGACACAGGAACGACCCCCUUCAUGACACAGGGAAACUUUAACAGGUCCAAGUUUCUGGUAAGGAAAUCGUCAACUUGAAACCUAACUGGAUGGAAUAAGGAGGUCGCUAAGAAUCGGGUCUUGAAAGGAAGGUUGAUAAAGGCGAUUCGUGGAUACAUAUAAGUGAAAUAAAGGUGAAAUAAGGUGAAAUAUCGAUGUUUGAAGAGGUUAGUAAGCUUUAACACGUCCAAGAUUCUGGUAAGGAAAUCGUCAACUUGAAACCUGAGUGGAUGGAGUAAAGAGGUCGCUAAGAAUCGGGUCUUGAAAGGAAGGUUGAUAAAGGCGAUACGUGGAUACAUAUAAGUGAAAUAAAGGUGAAAUAUAGGUGUUUGAAGGUUAGUAAGAAUCAGAUGAAGGAAGAAAAGUAAACAAAGGAAAUUCGUUGAUAAAUAAAGAUGAAAUAAAAGUGAUCGUUGAGGUUACUGAGAAUCAAGUCAGAGAAGGAAGAGAAAGACUAGUGUUUCAUGGAUAAAUAAAAAUAAAUAAAUAAAUUCGAUUCCUAGGAAAAAAAAAAGCGAUAUUAAUAUGAUAGAAAAGUAAUCUUAUUCUCUUUUUCGUGGUGAUAGAAGACAUGUGGUUGGUGAAAUGACGUGAGUGAAAAAAAAGAAAAAGAAAUGAACUGGUGAAAAAAAUAUAUGUAACAGAAAAUGCCCGUGCUGGAUAUUGCCAUUAAUUUGUUGAAGUUAUUACUGAAGAAGAUAGUGAAGUGAUUAGAUAGGUGCAUGUUUGUCUCUGAAACGAAGCCUAUGAUCAAGAAAAAGUAAUUAUAGUUAGAAAAAAGGAAACUAAAACAGCAAACUAGAAAAUAAUAAGCAAGAUAAAUUAUUUUGUUCUAGUCGAUAAAAAAAAAGAAAAUUAAGCAGGAAAUAGGAAACAAGAGAGGAAAAGUAAGUAAAAAAGUAAACCAGAAAGAAAAUACACGAAAAAAAGUUAUUAAUAAAAGAAAAGUAGAGCAUAACAAAGGACGAAUAAAAGGAGUUAAUACUAAAGAGGAAAAUUACAGAAGCUGAACGAUAAAAUGUAAUGAUUCAUGUGUAAUAGGAAAAAGAUAGAAAAAUAAAACUUCCCCCUUUCAAUCAAACAAACAAACACACACACACACACACACACACACACACACACACACACACACACACACACACACACACACACACACACACACACACACACACACAAAUAUAGUACUGUUUAUCUAUUACCCUUACCUCACCUUCCACACACACAGAGAUAAAUUAUAACCUAAACAAUCAUAAAAUAACAGAGGCUUUAAAACUACACCUAAAACAGCUUCCCCCUUCCCCAACACACACACACACACACACACACACACACACACACACACACACACACACCAUGACCACCUUCAACGAACCGCGGACUGUCUACAUCAGCGAGGAAGUGUUUACCGAAGAAGACCAGUACUACGACGUGACACCCGAGCGUCGGCGAAGGAAACCCCGACGCGGAGACACGCUCAACGAGGACAAUGAGGACGAUGAGGAGGAGGAGGAGUUAGAGGGCGAGGAGGAUGAGGAGGAUGGGGAGGUUAGGGAGCCGCCACUCUCCCCUACGUCCUCGCCUCACCCCGGCCCGUCGGCACUGAGGAGGAGGCAAGGCUGGAGUCUGGCAUCGCUCUAUCACAGGCUAAUGAGAACGUUUCACCGAGCAUGGAAGGAAGUGCGAUUUAGUGAUCAUGACCCGGACGACAUCGAGCUCAACGUGGUUCGCUACAAGCCGGACGGGAUCGAAGCUCUCGCCCGGACAACCAAGUUCAGCAAAAAGGAACUUCAGCUCAUGUACCGAGGCUUCAAGGCGGAAUGUCCCAACGGCAUCGUCAGUGAAGACACAUUCAAGGGCAUCUACUCACAGUUCUUCCCGCAAGGAGACGCGACGGCCUACGCCCACUACGUUUUCAAUACAUUCGACACCGAUCACCAGGGAUCCAUCAGCUUUGAGGACUUCGUAACCAUCCUGUCGGAGCUCUCACGGGGCAGCACGACGGAGAAGCUGCGGUGGGCGUUCAACCUGUACGACAUCAACGGCGACGGCUUUAUCACCAAGGAGGAGAUGCUGGAUAUCGUGUCCGCAAUCUACUCCCUCGUGGGCCGCAAUGCCAUCCCGGCUGUCGAAGAGAACACCACCCAGGAGCACGUGGACAGGAUCUUCGAGAAACUCGACAUCAACGGGGACGGGAUGGUCACCUUGGACGAAUUCAUGGAGAUCUGCACCUCAGACGAGAACAUCGCUAACUCGCUGACGAUCUUGGAUACCAGCUUCUGACAAGAGGCCCCCAGUUCAAAUCUCCUCGUGCCCGUCGCUCAACCACAAGACCUCAACUGUAACAUGUAGAGACGCGUCCAGGGGGCCACUACCACCCAGGGGAGGAGGGGGGAAGAAGAGGAGAAGGAGGAGGAGGAGGAGGAAGACAGAGGUGGUGGAAGUGGAAGUGAGGUCCCCGUGUUAAAUGGAGGAGGAGGAGGAGAAGGAGGAGGUGAGAGUGGAGGAGGAGGGAGGAGGAAAGGAACGAGGGUAAGGUGGGGGGAAGGCGUGGUGGUGGAGGAGAUGAAGAAGGAGGUGGAGGAGGACAUGGAGGAGGAGGAGAGUGGGUCACCUCCAUCUUACUUCCUAAUGGAGACUCUCAUUUAACCUCCUCCUCCUCCUCCUCCUCCUCUUCCUCCUCCUCCUUCCUCUCUUCCUCCUCCUCCUCUUCCUCCUGACAGCCCCCCCCCCCGCCCCCCCCCUGGACCCCUUGGGUGAUACUGUCCCCCUAUAUAACUGUUACUGGCUACUACUACUACUACUACUACUACUACUACUACUACUACUACUACUACUAUUAUUACUACUACUACUACUACUACUACUACUACUACUACUACUACUAUUACUACUACUUCUACUGCUGCUUGCUACAUUUCUUCUGCAUCUUAACUGCUUGCAAUUUCUUCGUUAUUGGCUACAGUAACAAAAACAUAUUCCGACAACAACAACAACAACAACAACAACAACUGCAAUUACUGCUACAACUACUACUACGACAGUUACAAAAGAUGCAUUAACAACAACAGCAACAACAACAACAACAACGACAACAACAACAACUACUACUACUACUACUACUACUACUACUACUACUACUACCAUUACCAUCACACACACACACACACACACACACACACACACACACA